AUCAGCUGUUUCAUGUUUUGGCUAUGCACAUGAGACUCUACAGCAUUGAUUCCGCUUACAAUCCAUGGAAGAAACUGACACGAUUGAUAGAGAAUGAAGAAUUGGAGAUGUCCAGCGAGGAUCAGCCAGAAGUUCCAGUGCUUUAUAAGGAUGUCCCAUCUCUUUUGCUCAUCCAGAUCUUAACCAUGCCUCAGCCACUGCGCAAAGAACACUUUGUCUGUAUCAUAAAAGUGCUUUUCACAUUGUUGUACAUACAAGCUCUAGUUGCACUUUCUGUGAAAUGCAGCCCUGAGGACAAGAUGGCUUGGAUGAAUUCAGAAGCUCUGAAAAAGAACGUGAUCAAUGCAAAAAAGUCUUGUCAGGUGUUACUCAGCCAUGUGAUCAGUGAACUUUUCAAAGGGAAGGUUUAUGAACAAGAACAAGAGGAAACUGAAGAUAUGGAUAGCUCCAGUGCUUGGUGCUCACACUCCAUAGAGACUUACUUGCAGCAAUUCUGCCUGCCUUUCCUCAGGAUAACCAGUCUUCUUCAGCAUCACCUCUUUGGAGGGGAGCUACCCAGCUGCCAGGAAGAUGAAGAAUUUACUGUUCUUGCCAAUUGCCUGGGUUUGCUACCAUCUUCUUUUCAAUCGUCGGAGUUUCCUAGUGCCUCUUGCCUUGACUGGCCUGUGUCAGCCUUUGGCAUUAUAUCCCAGUGGUGUUCAGAACUGGUCUCAUUUGCUAACAAGCAUCCAACCCAAGUCAAGGUCUUACUUUUACAAAAACCUACCUGGGACUUACCACACCUCCUGCAAUUGCCUGAAAAUUAUAAUACUGUUUUUCAGUACUAUCACAGAAAGAGUUGUUUCAUCUGUUCCAAAGUUCCCAAAGAUCCUGCAGUUUGUUUAGUUUGUGGUGCUUUUGUGUGUUUGAAAGGACUGUGCUGCAAACGGCAGAGCUUCUGUGAAUGUGUCUUGCACUCGCAAAAUUGUGGAGCUGGAACGGGUAUCUUUCUUUUGAUCAAUGCAUCUGUAAUCAUCAUAAUUCGUGGUCAUCGGUUUUGCCUUUGGGGCUCUGUUUACCUGGAUGCUCAUGGUGAAGAGGACAGAGAUCUCAGGCGUGGCAAACCACUCUAUAUAUGUAAGGAAAGAUACAAAAUGCUGGAACAGCAGUGGGUAUCACAUACUUUUGAUCACAUCAAUAAACGAUGGGGGCCACAUUACAAUGGUUUAUAGGUUGCUAACCGUUGUGCUGUCACAUCCCCUUUAUUACAUUUGCCCCUUGAUUAGCUUUUGCUUUAAGGGAACGGGAACCCAGUCUUUUUCUUCUCUGGGAAAGCAUGAAGCCAGGUCAUGAAACGAAGCCCUAUAUUAAUUGGGUGCUGGUAAUUUAAAAACACAAAAUAAUUAGUUCUCCUGAUUUGAUAUGGAAUCUAAAUUAAUUUUAUAGUUGUUGCUUUCUAAUCCACUAAUAAACAAGCACAAAUUGUACUUUAAAAACGCCACCAAAUGGCCAUUGAGUGUUUUAUUUUUCCCUGAUUGGGGUGGUUUGAUUGUGCUGAUGAACUGUAUAUCUGUAGACACCUGCUAAACAUGUGGCUCCUUUUUUUCUUUCUCUUUGUGUUUUAAGAUUUUGCUCAAUAUGCAUUUGUAAGUAUGUAAGAGUUGUAACACUUUCAAUUUGUGGAAUUGUAUAGAAAUGUCUAAAAGAUUUUUAGAAAAUAUUUCGCUUAUUGCCCGAGAGCUAUUAAAAUAGUUUCAGGCAUUGCUGAAAACCUUAUUCAUUCUCAGGAAUUUCAUAGAUAUACUCCAGAGAUUAGUGAAAUAGCUGUAAAAUAAGUAGUUUACCACUCUGAAUAUAAUACAACGUGUACACAAUGUUGUGUCUGACAUUUCAGUUAAUUUAAUUACAAAGAAAUCCCAAGACAUCUAUACAACUGCCUGUGUACAUGCAACAAAUGGUCCAUGUGGUCAGACACUGGCCCAACCAAGCAUGACCUUUGUCUCAUUUCCAUUAGCUGACUUUUUCGGGUUGGUAGGAUAGGUUGUGGUGCAGGAGAAGGCUUCAUGAGUAUUUUGCCAGUGGGCUGUUAUUAGGAAACUUAAUUGAGUUCCAAGCAGCUUGGGGUAAGGCACUGAGUUGCAAGAUGGCCGUGCUCAAAUGGUUCCUAUCUCUCACCAUUCCCCCUUUGCAUCUCAAAUGAAGGAUGCUUUGAUCUAGAAAGCAGUGGGGCAGUCAAGGCUUCAGAGCAAGGCCAUGUUUGGCAGAGUCAGCCCCCCCCCCUUUCAUUCACCCUCCUAGCCUUUGACUCCCAGAUUACACAGAGGAGUCAGUGUUGCACAAAUUGAUUUAAACACAGUUUGAGAGGAUAUGAGCAGGCCGUUGUGUUGUAGAAAUUAAGACCAGGGCAUUUUGGUUUGGAGGAAUUUGAAAUCAGCCACAAUGGGCAUCCUUGCCAAAAAUGAAACACACAGGCAGGCAGUACUUUUCAGUGCUGAUGUUUCGCUGCCAAAAUGCUUUUCUUCUUUCUUGCAGAGUUGACAAUUUCAAACAAUGCUGUCAGGCUUUUGUGACAUUUACAUAUUUUAAACAUAAUUUUUUCCUGGGAAAAAAAAGCCUUUACCUGGAAACUAUUUUUUAAGAAGUGUUCUUCAUUACAAAGCCUUGCAUUUGAUUGAAAGCUGCUUUCUCUUCAGCUAUAGAAAAGCACAUGGGCCAGGCUGUGGGAUUAUUUGUAUAAGGAUCUUCAAAGCCCUUUCGGUUUUUAGAAAAAUAUAGCACUUGGCAAUAUAUUUUAUCGAAAAUUGUGUAGACAAAGACAUGAACGCAAAUAUUGGGAGUAUUUCUAAAAGUCUGCAUAUUGUUCCAUCAUUACUGGAAUUUUUUUUUUUUUUUUGUCUAAAACAUGACUUCAUUUGUCAAUACAUCAGAAGUUCUCCUGGUCCUCCUCUCUUCUUUUUGCAUUGCUUACCAAUGAGAACCAAGCCAUUUUAUGAGGAUAAGACGAAAUAUCCUGGGCAUCUCAUGGCAUAACACAAUGACAGGGCUUCUCCUCUGUAUAGUUUGAAUCUUCACAAGAGAUAAUGUUUUCAGAAAAUGACUAAAACGUGUUAUUUAAAAUGGAAUGUUUUCGAUUGUGUAUAUGGCUGUGAAGUAAAAUUAUUCGCCUUAACUUUAAAACCUUGGUAUUUCACAAUGUUCAUUUUGAUACUAGUGCAUUAAGUCACUGGUCAUUUUAAAGACAAAAGACAAGACACGUGUUUGGAAUUCCUACUUGAAAUAUGCCUGCAUGCUGCUGAAACAGAAGUUGGAUUCCUCCCGUAACUUCUUAAAAAUCUGCUUUAUUAAACUUCCUUGGAGAGCAUAACAGGGCCACGCUAGAACGGCGUGUGUGUGCUGCUGCUUCUGCUGCUGCUGCUGCUGCUGCUAUUAUUCCUCCAGCGUCCUGGUGAGAUAACUUGUAUGAAUGGAAAUCUAAGUACAGUACAUUACUGUAGAAACAGAAUCGACAUGUAAAACUAAAACUAUCAUAAUCAAUAUUGUAAAAUAUGUUAAUAAAAGUCUACUGUCAUUA